GCGCUGCCGGUUUUUCAGACAAUAAAAAAAAAGUGCUGUCGUGGAGUGCGACUGGCAUGCGCCACGCGUGUUUGCUAGUCGUGCUUGUCUAAUUAGUCGCCUACAGCUUUACAGUUUCGUCAACUGUCGUUUGUACGCUCCGGGUUCGACAGAUCGCGACGCUUUUCGAUUCGUACCUCGGAGAAAAGAACGCCGCCGUAUCGGCGGGCCUAACUGUCGUCUGCUCUCGGUGGGGUCGUCUGGAUCGUCUGCCUACGUGCCGUGGCCUUUUGCGAGGGUGCGAAGGCAAGAACGUUGAACUGCUCUGCUGCGUGGUGGUGGCGGUUGUGUGUGUUUGUGUGUGUGUGGGGAGGUUCUUCUACGUGCGUGUAUGAAAGUGUGAGGUGCCGCGCCGUGAUGGUGUCUUCUACGUACCCGCGAAUCUGACAGGCCCUCGGGGUUUGUUUGUGUUACUCUCGUUUCUUCGACGCAGCAUUCGGCCUGGCCGACGUGAUCGCCAUGAAGCUGGUCAACUUCAGGCGCAGCCGCAUCAUCAAGCUCGUGUGCGCCGCCGUCCUCCUCAUCUGCGUGGUCGCUUUCUUCCUGCCCAAGCCCACGGGCGACGAGUACUAUCGUGAAAGAGAGCAGCAAGCGUUCCCGCCGCCCAUGCCGGUCUUCAGGAAGGACCGGACUCCAGGGAACUUCGAGCCCAAGUCGCACGAGAAGCGAAAGGGACCCGGCGAAGGCGGCGUCGCCUACCACGUACCCGAGCGGGACCGCAACAGCGCGGCCGACUCCAACAUGCAGUACGGCAUGAACGUCGUGGCCAGCGAUCACAUAUCGCCCAACCGGAGCGUCCCCGACAUGCGACUUGAAGAGUGCAAGUACUGGGACUAUCCUGAGGACCUGCCAACGACGAGCGUGGUGGUGGUGUUCCACAAUGAGGGCCUGUCGGUGCUCAUGCGGACCGUCCACAGCGUCAUCAACCGCUCGCCGCGCCAGUUUCUCAAGGAAGUGGUGUUGGUCGACGACUACUCCGACAAAGAGAACCUGAAGGGUGAGCUGGAGACGUACAUCGCGCACAACUUCCCACGUGGCCUGGUGCGCCUGCUGCGCAACAGCGAGCGCGAGGGCCUGAUCCGCUCGCGGAGCUACGGCGCGGAACAGUCGCACGGCGACGUGGUCCUCUUCCUGGAUGCCCACUGCGAGGUGGGCAUCAACUGGCUGCCUCCGCUGCUGGCACCCAUCCGGGCAAACAGGCGUGCCAUGACCGUGCCGGUCAUCGACGGUAUCGACAAGGACACGUUUGAGUACCGGCCUGUGUACCACGGCCGCCAGCACUUCCGUGGCAUCUUCGAGUGGGGUAUGCUGUACAAGGAGAUCGAGAUCCCCGACGAGGAAAUCAAGAGGCGCAAGUAUCACAGCGAGCCCUACAAGUCGCCUACGCACGCCGGUGGUCUCUUUGCCAUCGACCGCAAGUACUUUCUCGAACUUGGUGGCUAUGAUCCUGGCUUGCUAGUCUGGGGCGGCGAGAACUUCGAGCUGUCUUUCAAGAUUUGGCAGUGUGGAGGCAUGAUCUACUGGGUGCCGUGCUCGCGGGUCGGCCAUGUCUACCGGGGCUUCAUGCCCUACAGCUUUGGAAAGCUGGCCCAGAAACGCAAGGGACCACUCAUCACAGUGAACUACAAGCGGGUGGUGGAGGUGUGGAUGGACGAGUACAAGGAGUACUUCUACACCCGAGAGCCCCUGGCCACUUACUACGAUGCCGGGGACCUGAAGCAGCAGUUGGCCCUCCGGGAGAAGCUCAAGUGCAAGAGCUUCCGCUGGUUCAUGAAGAACGUUGCGUACGACGUGCUCAAGAACUUCCCCCUGCUGCCCAGGAACCUCUACUGGGGAGAGAUCAGGCACGACGCAACCGACCAGUGUCUCGAUGCCAUGGGUGCUCAUCCGCCGUCGACGGCCGCGUUGACUGCCUGUCACGGGACCGGCGGAAAUCAGGUGUUCCGGCUCAACGCGGAGGGUCAGCUGGGCCUGGGUGAGCGGUGCAUGGAUGCCAGUUCGCACAGCAUGGACGUGGUGUACUGCUCGCUCGGAACAGUGGACGGGCCCUGGGAAUACAGCGUGGACACCAAGCACCUAUACCACAAAACGCACAAGAAGUGCCUCACCUACAACAAGCGCAACUACAAGGUGCACCUCGAAAAGUGCGACGACGGUGACCUGAGCCAGCACUGGACGUUCCGUGAGAUUCAGGACUCGUAGUGGCGUUAGAGGUGACGACACAGCCUCUCCUCCAUGAACCCAUUUGUUGCCUUCACAUGCGGUGUGCGGAGACGACUCGUUAGUUACUUCUUUUAUUUUUUCACUUCUCAUGGUCAGAAGACACCUCUCUUUUUUUUCAUUCCACCUAGACUUCAAGGUUUCAAGGAUGACGUUCAGUGUGUGGCAUUGUCACAAUGUGGGCAACGCGGUGUGUACUACAAGUUCUGCUGAGCAACCGGCGAAGCUCUCCUGACUCGUUCGACCGCAUUUGACUAAAGCGACUUCGCCCCUUCAAUUCCUCGUUCUUUUUGGGGUCUGCGGGCCCUUGCAAUUGCCAUCGACGUCUCUCCUGUGGGCCCCCUCCCCCUUUUUCCGUUUUGUCGUCCAGCAUCUGGACUUGCAAACACUUCCAGUUCUGUUCCGGUGUGCUGUGCGUGAAUGUGUGCUUGUGUGUUGGCGCAUGAUGUAUGCGACGUUGACUCAUGGAAGAAAAUGAUUGUGAACUCAUUCCAGGAUGAAGGUGUACUGCUACAGGUGCUAAGCAAGACGACGCAAAAGAGUGAUCGCAGGCCGAUGUUAUUACUUCAUUUUUUCAAGAUGAGCCCUAGCUGUGCUGCCCAGUUUGAUUGGUAUAUCCUUCUUUUCUUUCAUUUCUUAAGUUUGAAUAAUUAUUUUCCAGUUUACUCUUGUUAGUGUCCUUGCCCUACAUUUGCAGUGUCCUCGACCCAUCUUUGCCUGUGAAUGACGUAACUUUGCAGUGAUCUUCAGUCUUCUGUGAGUGCAGUAAAAGACACGGCGUUUGGUGGCUCGGCUGAAUAGACAGUUAUGGUAGACUUCUUUCAUUCCCGUUUUUUCCAUUUUGUUUUUUGUUUCUGUAGUCUUUUAUUCAUCAGCUGCAACUAGCUCCUCUCGUGUUCUUUCGUUCUUUUUUCUAUGCCUCUUUAUCUGUCCAACACAAUUCACUGACAAUACCUUUUCCUUGUGGUGUGUCCAACUCUCCGACACAAAUUAUUUUCUGCGAGAGUUGUGUCAAACGAGUGAUUUCACACUUGCAGAUAGUUGAAGUUACAUUCAGAGCCUUCCAGUACAGUGUAUGUCAUAGCGCCACUGUUUUCUUUGAUAGAGAGAGAGAGAGAUGUACACAGCUUUGACAAACGUGUACAUCUUUGUACAAACAAAUUUAAACUCGUAUACAGACAAAUUUAAAAAAACGAUUGCAUUGUUGUCUUGAAACAUUUUUUGAUCCCAGAAAUUCUCAGUUCAAACUGGAGAAACCUCUAUGCUUUUUUCAGAUACCGGCCAAAAGAAAAAGCACUGGCACCUACCUCAUUUAACUCUAACCUGACAUUCCUUUUAGGCCCUGUAUUGCAGUAUUCUUUUAUCAGAGGCUAAAGUUGUAAAUGUGUUCGUUUUUCAAUCAGUAUCCCAGCUCAGUUAUACUGCCCGGCUCGGCUUCGCUUUAAGCUGCCUUGCUUCAAAGAAAGCUUUUUCACGGAAAGUGAUAGAAGCUGCAAGAAACUUAUUUUUAUAUCAUGACUCUCCGCGUUAUCAAUAAUUUCUGUUCCUAGUUAUUUCCUGCUCACCAUCUUUAAAACAAAGCUUUUCAGCGCUAUUUAGAUGGGCUUUGUUGUUCCACUUCUGCUCAAAUAAGCAAUAUUGUUUUGACAGUAACAUUUAACUUUUAAUUGUCGCGAAGUCGAGCAAAAUUAUACAAAUAUCCUUUAGCUGUGCGAAGCCACUGUUGGCUCACAAUUGCCAACAUUGGCACAUAGAGCCAACAUAGACACAACCUCAGAUUGGCCAACAUUGGCACAACAUCAGAUAGGGCAAUGUUGGCACACCGCUCGUCCCAGUUGAAGCAUUGCCUUGAUUGUACGUACUUCCACCAACGAAAUUUUCGCAAACCUCUCACCUGCUUCAAGUGUCCUUAUAUAUUAUUUCACCAAACAUUCCCAAAGCCAUCUAUUAAACCAUUUUGCUUUUGCUGUUUUUUUCCCAGUAGAACACUGUAUGUUAUUGGUGCUCAAAGUGGCACUAAGGGUAAACAGUGAGUCAAGUCAAAAGUGAUGCAGUAAUAUCAAAUUCCGUUUGAGGUAUUACAUGUACUGUGAACAAACGGAAUUUUGGCCAGUAAAGAAAAAAGACAUAGAUGGUAGGACUGGAUAUCCAGCUGCUUGUGCAAUGAUCUGGUACCAUGUGCCCUCAUUUAACAUCUUAUAAAUAAUAAUUUUAGUCAACAACAAUAUGCAAAUGAUGUUAGAUUUCAGCACAGAAUAGAUACAUUUUUGCUAAUUUUGUUGAAUUUGUUGACAAGAAUUCACUGACGUGUCUUUAUGCCUCUUUUUUUUUUUUAUGUGUAAGCAUGGCGCGCUCUGUGCAUAGGCUGCUCACUCAGAGCAGGCAUUUGGGAUCUUUAGAUAUUGUGUACCCAAAUGGCUUUCGAUAUGUCAGUAGUGAGUUUUAGUGCUGCACAUGUUAUGCCCGCAACUUUGUUGCAUAUGCAAGGACACGACGUUUCGCAUAGAGCGUGUACGCAGUAGUUAUGCUCGUGAGCACUAUGGGAAACAUGCCGUUCUUACGUAAGUACCCAAUGCAAUUACAGAUGCAAUGUAUGCAGUACUAACUAGAACUUGCUACUGUUAUGGCAUGAUGCGGAGCAAACUCUAUAAAGUCAUGUAGCAGUACAGCAAGGUACGGUGAUACAAUAUUGUUGCCUAAUAUUAGUGCUUACCUGGAUUUUAUGACAGGAGCUCACAUAUGCUGUCAGUAAAGCUUGACCAGCAUAUUGCACAAACUUUUGUGUUGCUCCCAGAACCAGUCAAUGCCACAAGCUGUAUUUCAUCACAAAGCAGGUGUCAGCAAAUGUCAAGAAGGGUAGCCCAACAGUCUUGAUUGAUACAAUGUUUGCCUCUGGUGUCUCUUUGUAACACGUAGUUUGAACGUUGGAACGCCGCAUGCUCAAAGCUAACAGAUCUUCAUUGCGUGCACUCGCUGCUGUAUUUCUGCGUAAGUUCAGUGUGAUAAGAGUUUACACUUAUGUAUGGAAAUCAAGUUCCGUGUGUCAGUACUAUUUUUCUUUGGAAAACGUUUGUGUCACCUCAUUUCUGUGUAUUUUUCGUUUAAAUGAGAACAAGUGGAGCACACAGUCCUCACGUGUCUUCUUCGUGUCAAGCGAGAAGUGAUAUCGUUUAUUUUUGCCUCGUUUGAUUUGUGGGAAUGAGUGACGACGGAAAGAAAACUUCAAUUUGCUCAUUUACUUGCUGACAGUGCACUUUUUUUUACGUGUUGAGUAAAUGCUGGAGUUUGGAAGUGUAGUGCCCAAGUACCACUUUGGUCUCCGAGGCGACGUAUGCGUGUGUAUGCUUGCAUGGGAGAUGAUAUUAUUUUUCUUUCUGUACUUGUUUUUUUUUCCACUGUUGUGACAUCUCUGGGUCCAUUCUGCAACAGUUGUCAUGUGCCUUGGAAUAUGUGUUGCAAAUGUGGAAAAGAGAAAGUUAUGUAAAUGUUUCAGUCAUGGCUGCAUUUUGUGGUAGCAAAUCUGCCUGAAGAAUGUAGGCAUAGUUGCUUUAAGCAGUUAGAGAUGGAACAUUUGGGGGCCAAUGGAGCUACUGUGUGUUUAAAAAAAUCUACAGUGCUCUCUCCUGUGCUUUAGACUUUUUAUAGAGAGUUUAGAAGCAUGAGCUUUAGGACACCAUGGCUCAGGAGCUCUGUGACGUUAUGGUUCACGAGACUCGUGAUGCUGCAUUUCUGUGUCGAACCACGUAAUGUGUUGGUUGGCAUUGAGCAACGACAGUCUUUGCAGUUAAGAAACCGCUAUGCUGUCACGUGAGCAGUUCUUGAUCCUUGUUAAGUCGAUCUGUACUGAAAGUUUCAGCAUGAAUGGAAGCACGAAUGAGUUGGGAGUAGAGCAGGCUUGAAAGCAAAAUAUAGCAGUGCGCAAUCUGCAUUGACUCAAGCACGCUCAGAAGACGUCUUCACGCGACAGCGGGCUUGCCGCUUUGGCACAAGUGGCUGUGUCACUGUCCUGACAAGUGCAAGGUCAUGGGUUCGACACCUUGUCGCAGCGACUGUAUUCCAGUGGAGGGGAUAUGCAAGGACACAUGUGUGCUUAGAUUUAGGUGCACGUUAAAGAACGAUGUGUGGUCAAAAUUAAUCCAAAGUGCUUUCGUCUCUCGUAGCUUACGACUUGCACAGGGAUGUUUAAGCACACUAAUACCCCUGUCACAUGCACACUUUAAAAAGAAGCAUUCAAACCGAAUGAAACUGAAAUCUGUGAGCACCACUAACUCUCUUUCCCUAGCAUGUGCAUACGAGUCAAUAGGACUCUUGUAUAUCAGUGCUGUUUAGUUUGAGUUGUCUUUGAAAGUGCACAUGUGGCGGGAGUACACAACAAGUCAUCGUAACUGGAUUCUUUAUCUGGACACUCAAAUGUUGAGGAGCUUCUGGUAUAUAUCCGAUUUAAUUAAAAGAUACUGAGUGUUUUUCUGAAACAGCGUCCGCCAUACCACCACAAGAGAAAUGCCAUGCUGUUGAAGUUCUGUAGUCACACUUUUAAUGAUGAUGUGAGUGAAUGUUGAAUGCAGUGUUGAUAAAGGCCCAAAUGUGACGUAAAUGAAAUAUUGUAUAGUAGUGGAGGAAGUCAUUCAGGCAUUCUGUAGGGUGUAGACUGUUCAUUGAAUGUCAUCUCAACCUGUCUGUGAUCUCUACGCUUCCUUCUGGAUCACCCGGAGUGUUUCGACUGCGUGCUGACUUUUUUUGAUGGAUGAGAACAAUAUGCCUCGAUAUGGUUCCGUUAAGAUAAAGUUAACGUGAGUGACCAAGAAAUGGUACGGUUGUUCUUCAUCACCAGUAAGGCAUUCACAUUUUUUUCUUGCAUUUGUAAGUCUCUGUUUUUGAGACUUCAAAGCUCCCACAAUUUCAGUGAGAAAGCGGCAAAAUUAGUGCACUGCUCUGCAUUGCUUUUGUACGUAAACAAAUUUCGCUAUUUUAGUGCAAGGUAUAGAAUGUGUGUAUAAGGGAUUAUUUUGUGUGUCUGAAAGUUGCUGUGUGUACGCUGUCUGAAGAUGCCAGUAAACAGUUCUAACAAAAGGCUAGGAAUGUUGCUUGAGUUGUUAAAAAUGGUGGUUGCACGUGUGGUGAAAAGUUAUACAAGCUGAAUGGUAGUCCCAGUUAAUGUGAUAACUGAUCAUGCGGUUGCCAUUGAUAACACUUGUGUUAUCUUCUACACUGUACUCAAAAAACUAUAGCGUAAUGGUUUGCAGUUACAGCAGUGCAUUUUCUACUUUAUCGUUAUCACUAUGCAAGUUCAGUGCAACACUGCGUGCAUUUUUCUUAAUCAUUAUUGCAGGAUUACUACUGUAACUCUGGAAAGCGAAAAUAAUCUUGGAAUUUCACUUGCUUAUGUGAACACCUGGUACAAGUGUUGACAUAAGCAGGUACGUGUGCGUAAAAUAUUGUGUGCCGUGAUGCAUGUACCUCACGUUUUUCUUUUAAUACGUAUGAUGCAAGGCUUUGAAAACAAAGGUCAUUUCAAGGAAAAACAUUCCAUCACCAUAGUGUCGUUGUGCAAUACACGGAACUCUUCGGUUUAAAUGUUACAAGACAAUUUUUACAUGCUAUGCUUGUGCAAUAAAAUGCAAUGAUGGCUGUGUC